AUAAAAAAUUGGUUUGAAGUUCUUAUUUAUGAACUGCUUGAUUAGAUCCUUCUGUAGAUACCUUGAAUGCUGCACUUCAACCUUAUGAUUUGGAAAAGGAAACAUUUUGUUUUGAGUUAGGGUUUUAUAUUUGGAUGAGACAUGGUAAAAGACAGGGUUUAGAGACUGAGGAAAAGAGUCUCAAGACUUAAUUCAUUUUACAUCAUCAAAAGCUUUUAACUCUUACUCCCCUGCGAGGAAUUGAGAUCUACUUGUCCGUCUUUGCUGAUUUACCCAUCAACACGUGGGCAAGUUUUUAAUUCUUACUUGAUCUGGAUUUAAAUUUUUGCUACUUACAUGCGGUUAUCUGACAAGAAAGAAUAACUUCAGGUAGGGUGUGAAGAUUUCCUCCCAUUAGUUUACUUCAGUUCAUAAUGAGAAUUUUAUCUAUGUUUGUAGAGGCUACUAAAUUACCAUGUUCACAAUCUGAAAUAUAUAAAACAGAAAUUCCAGUGAUACUUUAGGACAGAUGUAGGGGAUUAACUUGUGUAACUUAGUGUAAGUGAAUGCACCUUCUUGAAAACUUUGACUUUUCCUCUAAAUUGUUACAAUCAUAUUGUAAACAGGAAUGGUUUGGAUUUAGUAGCAAAUUCACUUUGCUUCUUUUGAGUGUCCAAGGGAUUUGGAUAUCACUAUGACUGAUUGGACAUGCUAAUCAUUUCAUAUUGAAUGUUAUAAUGAAGUCAAAUUAGGAGGAAAUCUGACUAUACUAUAAGCAUCUAUUCAUUUAUUGAUCAUCUUACAUUCUCAAGUUGAGCCUACUUUAUGAAUUUGUCUAAUAACUUUGGAAAAAGAAAGGUAUAUCUUAAAUAAGCUAUAGUAACUGGACCUGGAAACUGGUGUUCCUAAUCAUGAUUGUUUUUUUUUUAAUACUUUUGUUCUAUGUGCUUGCCUUCUAUACAUUUGCAUGAAGACUGUAGCUAUUUGUUCCUUUUCCUUGGUAAAUUAGUAAGCCUCAGAAAAUUGCCAAAAUUAAUUUCUGUACAAUGAUGGAUGCAACCUGCUACUCUUUAUCUUAUCUUUUUUUUUUCCUUUGCUUUUUACCAUCAGCUUCAGGAACGGAAUAUAUGUCUACCGUAUGCUUUUGGAGCAUGGUUUGGGCAGUGAUGUUCCCCUAAAGAAUCUUGACAGGAAUGUGUCGUCUUUCGCUUUGCAAUUAAAAUAUGCACAUAAUUUAAAUUCUGAAUCAUCAUCAAUUAGAUCUCUAUGCACAGAAGAAAACCAUUAUUAUGCAGAAGGAAAUCCUGUUGAGGAUAGUUUUGAGAAGUUUGAUGAUAAGGAGUUUAAGAUCCUUGGGUCUACUUUCAAGGAACUGAGUCUUUGCAUGAUGGAACUUGGUCUUCGACUAGCUCAAAUUUGUGAUAAAGCCAUUGAUUGCAGAGAGUUAAAGCAAAGCAUCAUGGAUGGCAGCGCAAAAGGACGCCUCAUUCAUUAUCAUUCAACAAUAGACAACAUUAUCCUUAAAGAGACCAACAGAACAAAAAAAGGAUCUAAGAAGAAAGUUGAACCUGCUACACUUGAUCCUUCACCUUCCGAUGAAUGUACAAUAUCAAGGGACUUUCAUGAGAAAACUUCUGUUACACAUUGGUAUUCAGAAAGCAGAUCUGUAAAAGAUAGAACAAGUCAGAUUACUUUGUCCAAUCUGUGGCAGCAAUGGCACUAUGAUUAUGGCAUUUUUACUGUUCUAACAUCACCUUCGUUUAUGUUCUCUUGUCUGGCAGAAGAUUGCUCUCAUAUUUCAUGCUGUCGAGAGUGCUCCUCACCCGAUGAACAUACUUAUCUUCAAUUGUUUGAUAUAAAGAAGAACAAAAUAUUUGUUGUGAGGUCCCCAGCUGACAGUUUCAUCAUUCAGGUAGGGGAAGCAGCUAACAUAUUGACUAGUGGUAAGCUUCAAUCUACACUUCAUUCAGUCGGUAGAACUGUGGACAUGGACAACUUGAGCAGGCAGACUUUUGUGGUCUUCCUGCAGCCUGCUUGGAGCAAAAUUCUCUCUUAUUCUGGGUAUCCUGAGGAAACAAGUAAUCAUGAUAAGUUGGUCUUAAGAACCGAAAUGACCACAUCUUCUAAAAAAGAAGAUGCUUUCUUGAGAUAUAGCACAAGUGACUCUAAGGAUUCACAUCAGUUAAUGCAAGAAAUACUCAGAAAGAUACCACCUCUUUCUAUCCGAUUUAGAGAUGGAAUGACAUUUGCAGAGUUCUCUCAUGAGACUACCAAGCAGUAUUAUAGCAGCAGCGGCACACAGUCUAUGAGAUAACUAGAUUAUUGCUUUGCUUUUCAUAAAAAAUUCUAGUGUAUCAUUCACAUUUGACAUUAUGGCAGAUGUUGCAAAAUAUUCAUGAGCAAUCGGAAUCAUCCUCUAACAGAACUCAUGUCAAAGUAUUUUCAUUAGAAAAUUUUGUGUUACAGUAAGGAAGCACGAAGAUGCAAACGUAGGAGAAUAUCUCAGGUUCUUCUGAGGCUUUGGAUUUCCUAUGUUCCAGUACAUGCUACAUAACACAUGUGCAAGUUCUCUUUUUAGAAGUUAAACAGAAAAUCUACACACCCCCGGUAUCCUAUGGUGAAAUGCAGUUUGCAAGUGGGAGCCCGAAGAUGAUUUUGGCAAAGUGCAUUUUGUGGAUGUGGAAUCCUUGAGAUUCAUUCUGUUCCCUCAGGCUUAUUUCACUCGAGGCUGAUGGAGCAUGAGAACUGCUGUCAUUCGUCUUCCUUUGUAGGUUAUGGCAGUGGCGACAAUGUCCAAAGAGCCUGGGAUGUCGAGAAGUCACUCCUUUCAUUCUGUUUUGAGAUUCAAGGAUUUUGGAGUAGGAUCCAUCUAUGAAAAGGCUGUGUUUUAGGCUUUUUGACUAUUUGUGUAAGUUCCAGAAAAAUGCAGGCAAUAGUAUUCAAGCAAACAAAUCCUCAUUAAUUUGAUUGCUGGAAUCUGGAAUGCUGCUCUCACACUGCCGAUCGGCUGUGCUUUAAUAAAUCAUGUGGUUUUAUAGACA